AUGAAAAAGCUAUAAUAGAUAGAGAAUAUUAAACCUAUAAAUAAUGAAUUUCGAUUGAGUGAUCUAAAUUAUUUAAUACAAGGUAAUAAUUAUUAUAAUAUUAAAAGGAGGAAGGCCAAAAGAGAAGUAUUUAUUGCAUCAAGUUUUUUAACAUUUCCAUUAGGAUUCAGAACUUGCUAAAAAAUUGACAAAUCUACUACUGAAAUUUGAAAACCCAAAUGAAUAUGAUAAAGAGAAAUGGACUCCAUUGCAUCAAGCUGUGAGAUAUAAUUAAAAUAAAGCAGUGAUUUAUGCCUAAUAAAUUGGAUAAUUCAAUUUUCAUCUUCUGGCAGGAUAACAAGGUCUAUCAUUAAUGCAUUUGGCUGUUCUUAAAAGUAAUUAUGAAAUUAUAGAAAUAUUGAUUGUAACUUAUUAAAUUAAUAAUUAGGAAGAGAAAGUUUCAUUAUUCAUUGAAAAUGUAGAUGGAAUAUUACCAAGAAGAUUUGCUUUACAAUCUCCAGUUAAUUUGAAAAUGAUUAAAAAAUAUGAAAAUCAAUAAAUAAUGAGAUUUUUAAUUGAUUUUGAAGAUAUUGAAGAUGAUGAAUCAACUUAUGCAAAUAAAAUUUAAAAUUUAAACGUUUCCUAAUAAUCAAUUAACAAAAGAGAAGCCAAUGAUGUUCUAAUUACUAGACCAAAAGUAUCAUUAACUUAUCAUGUUUAAUAAAAACAAUUCAAUCCUUACUAUUUAAGAUGCGAAAGAUUUUAUGAAAAUGCUUUAUCCAUAAUUUUUGAAGGAAAUGAUGUACUUAUUUGAU